AUGUGCUUGUGUUUUUUUGUUUUAUUAAAACAUCUAACGCACUUUUCUUUCAUUUCUUGCACUUUCAUUUAUAGAUUUAUAGUGAUAGAAUCUUAUAUACCCAGAAAAGUUGAAAUGGAAGCCUUCGAAAAUCUUUUAUUGAUUCUGGAUAAAAUAGAGGCUGAAUUGGAUCAACAACCAGUCUAUGUGAUGGAUAAACUAAAGCAUGAAUCCGAAAAAAUGUACGUUUUUAACGCACUUGGCAUUUGCCUUGGAAAAUUGAAUAAUGGCUGUGAUAAAAAAUACAAAGAAGGACUUUUAAGACAAAAGCGUAUUUUCAGAAGAUUAAGAGUCUACAAUUUUAACUUUGCCAUUUACUUUACAACUUUAUUGAAUUGUGAAUGUCUAUUCUGA